AUGGUGUCGGAACAGCUGUGCAAAUGCCCAGCUGGAACACACAAAGCCGACUACGCAAAGAAUCUGCGAUCGACGACAAAAGGACGAAGUAACCACUACAUGGCAAUGAUGUCAACGAGUCAAGGAGAUCGUCGUCAUUGUCGUCAUUGCUCAGACGUCAGCUACAGUGCGAAAUCCGGACGCAAAACUUCAACAGAGACGAAGAGCGCCACCGCAGUGAAAUGGCUUUUCUGUGUUCCGGGCUCGUCGGUCUCUAUCGAACGUUUAUUCAGCCGAUUGGGGGUCAUCUAUGGCAAUAAACGAAGAGGUCGACUAUUGCCAUCAAUUGUGGAAUCGAUGGUCAAAGUUAUGGACGCAAAUCAAGGAUUCAUCAAGACAAGAAAAUUUCCCGCUCGGUACGCUCAGAAGUUCGCCGAACAACUGUUUGAGGAGGCUCAAUUGGAAACGGCUUACGACUCGCUUGUCAAUCCGCCGCUCUUCGAUCAAAGCGAUGAUGAGGACGAUCCGGACAAAGAAAAUGAGAGUUUUGAAGCCGGAAUU